AUGGGUACCGAAGAUAAUGAAAGUGAAGAUCAGCAACUUGCCAAGGAUGAUGUUGGCAAUGACAAUGAGCAUGAACAAAGCAAGUUUUUGGAAUGCGAAAUCCUUGAAAAGGAACCGGAGAUUCCUAGCUGGCGAUACGUGAUUGUAGUGUUGGCGACAAGUGUUUCUGCGAUUGGUCUUUCUUGUAGUUUUGCUUUUAAUUUUGCUUGUGUUUGUAAAGUAAAUGGAACGUUGGACACAUAUGAAAUUUACAAAGAGGACCCAUCCGCUUCACCUGUGAUGUAUUUUUCUCCAACAGAAAUGAGUAUGCUGUAUUCAGCAUAUCCAUUAGGAAAUUUCUGUAUGUUAUUAGUUAUGGUAUUGACUGGUGGAUUUGCUCGGAUGAGGAGGUCGAUUUUCUGUGCUGUUCUGAUAUCAUCGUUAACAACUAUUCUUGUACCUCCACUCUAUGAUUGGAAUAUUCAUACGACAGUGAUAUUGAAGAUAAUACAAGGUGCAUCUGUCGCUCCAACCGUUCCUCUAGUUGGUCAUGUAACAGCGUAUUGGACGCCAAGAGCAGAAAUCGGAGUGUUCGUAUCGUUGUUAACCAGUUAUUCUCAGAUAGGAUUGUUUUAUUUGAUGGCCACGUCUGGAAUUGCUUGCGAAUAUUUCGGAUGGCGUGGAAUUUUCUACUUUAACGGAUUCUCUUCUCUCGUCCUUGCAGUUCUAUGGAUAUGUUUAUUUAGAGACCAUCCCUCCGAAAUGAAACGAUUGAAAAAUGAGAAAAAACAAUCCACAAAGCAGGUUGCGCCCCGUCGUCACGAACCAGUUCCAUAUAAGGCGUUUUUCACUUCAUUGCCUAUUUGGUCGUGUUUGAUAGCUGCUUUUGGAAAUUUUGGCGGCAUAUCACCAUUUAUGACAUUUGCUCCUUCAAUUUUAAAAAAAGCACUCAAUCUCACGGAUAUUGCCACAUCCCAGUACAACACCUGUUCCUUUAUUCUACAACUCAGUUUGAAACUGUUCAGCGUUAAAAAAAUCAAAAAACCUUGGUUGUGGUACUUUGACGACGAUAACAUGGAUGUCCCUUAA